GUGCUUAGGUUCCAGCCUGUUGCAAAGGAUAUUAUGGUUUACUUUGUGAUCCCUGUCCAGCUGACCCUAUUGACCACCCAAACUGUAGAGAGUCAAAUAAUAACGAUACCCAAGGUAACCAAAGUGUGGAUACAAACACUGGAAGUGGACAAGGAGUGAAUACAAGUGUUGACGAUGGACAUGGUGGGUGUAUGAUUCAGUUCAGUGGACCAACAUGUAGCAAUUGUGCCCCUGGUUAUUAUGGCAGGCUUUGUGAAGAGUGUCCAGGGGGAGCCAGGGAGCCAUGCUCUGGACAUGGCACCUGUUUUGAUGGCAGAAAUGGCACUGGACAUUGCACAUGUGAUGAAAAUUUUACUGGAAAAUCAUGUGAUCAUUGUGUGAUGGGAAAAACUGGAGAUCUUUGUAGUAAAGACAUAAACAAAUGUUUGAUAGAAAAUGGUGGUUGUCAUGCUAACGCCACCUGUUUAGAUGAAGGUGGCAAACUAACAUGCACUUGUAUGCCUGGCUUCUAUGGAAACGGAUCCAAGUGUCAACAUCGUUGUCAAAUCCAAAAUGGCGGCUGCCAUGAGAAUGCAACUUGCAGUUUGAAAGGUCCUGGUAAUGAAAUCACAUGCAUCUGCUUGCCUGGUUUCCAUGGAGACGGCAUCCAUUUUUGCCUAAGUCCCUGUGAUGUUGCCAAUGGAGGUUGUCAUAGUAAUGCUACAUGUAACCAUGAAAACGGAGAAGUCACAUGUACUUGCAUGUCAGGGUAUCUACCACUUGGUGAUGACUGCGUUUCUGCAUGCCAUUUUGAAAAUCAGAAUUGCCAUGAGAAUGCCACUUGUCAUUCAGAGGGACCUGACAACAGAGUCAAGUGCUCAUGUUUACCUGGUUUCCUUGGUGAUGGCUAUCACUUUUGCCAUAACCCUUGUGAAAUUGACAAUGGAGGUUGCCAUGGUGAUGCAGAUUGUGUAGUUCAGGACGGACACGUCGUGUGUGCUUGCCCAGUUACAAAAACCUGUUUUGACCUUUGCACUUAUAACAAUGGUGGCUGCCAUUCCAAUGCUGAGUGCAUGGAUAAAAGUGGAAGCGUAACUUGCUCUUGUUUACCUGGUUACCAUGGUGAUGGAUAUACAUGCAACACCCCCUGUGAGAUACUUAAUGGAGGAUGUCAUUUUAUGGCUACAUGCAGUUACAGCAAUAGCUCUGUUAACUGCAGUUGCAUUAGUAAUUACAUUGGAGAUGGCUAUAACUGUAAGUCAGUAUGCGAUAUUAAGAAUGGUGGUUGCCAUGCAGAUGCAAGUUGCCAGGCAACACCAGAUGGAGUCAAAUGCACUUGCUAUCCUGGGUACCAUGGAGAUGGAUAUAAGUGUAUGUCUCCUUGUGUGGUGUUUAAUGGUGGUUGUCAUAAAUAUGCCAAGUGCAGCAUAACAAAUGACUUCGUGUCAUGUGUUUGUUUACCUGGUUACUAUGGAAGUGGCUACAACUGUUACUCGCCAUGUGAAAUCAACAAUCACACUUGCCUACCUGAAGCAAAAUGUAGUUUUGAUCAGCAGAAACAAAGCUACAGGUGUAAAUGCCCAACAAAUCUGACUGGAGAUGGAGUAACCUACUGUGUGGAAGAUAAAUGCUUACAACAGAAUGGGGGUUGCCCAGCUGGGGCUUCUUGUUCAGUGGCAUUGAGUAUAGAUGGAGCCUUGACAACUGGACAUGUGCAGUGUACUUGUAAAGAUGACUUUGUUGGAAAUGGCACUAUCUGCAAUGGGGAUAUCCUGGACACAUUAAACAGACUGAAUGAGACACAGGCAUUUUACAAGGUACUAUUAACUGCAUCAAGUACAUCACAAGAAUUACAGGAAAUGGUGAACUCCCUAAAAACUGGAGUGGGUAAUACAACAGUAUUUGUACCUUAUCGCAUAUCAGAGGGAAACUUUAGCCAAAAGGCUCUGUCUACUGCUGCAAUAAGAAACCACUUUGUGACUGGAGCAGUGAAUUUGGAUGCUGACCAAUUCAACAAUACAACCCUAGUGUCUUUGAUUGGCCAGCAGCUGAAAGUACAGUUUAAGAAACAGGGUUUCUAUGUAGAUGGUAUUAGGGUGAUUGAGGCAAAUAUACCAGCAACCAAUGGGAUUAUACACAUAAUAAAACAACCACUAGAGCUGGCACAUAUUUCAACUCAAAAGGUACCUGGAGGAGAGCUUUCUACUGCAGGAUCAAGUACCACACUGAUAGCAGAAUUAAUCGGAAUUAUUGUGGCAAGCAUACUAGUACUGGCAGUACUUGUUUUGGUGUACAAAUUCUGGUGGAAGAAAAGUGGAAAGGUGGACAUCUUAAUGAGAUUCAGAAAGGAAGGCGGUCUUUUCUUCGAGAGAUUUACCCACCUCAGCGAAGAGGAACCUCAGACUUCCAGCAGCCAUGUUGGUGAAAACUUUGAUAACCCACUUUAUGAUGCAGAGACACAGCAAGUGGUGCUGCAGUAAAAACUUUCUCAAAAUAGAAAGUGAAUGUUGCAUCAAAAUAUGUGAAAAUGACUCACAAAUGUGAAAGAUAUCAUGAAGAUACUUAUCUGUUUGUUAAUUGUUUUGAAUUGUAGUUGGAGAAGUUUUGGCAUUUAUUUACAAACCAUGUUGACAAGAUUUUUGCACAGACAAAUGAAUCGCUGUACUUAUAAGACAGUAUACACGUUAUCUUCUCUCAACUUUGUAUUUCUGUAACAGUAAAUAAAAACUUUAAAAUUUACUUUUCUUUCUUUUGGUUUCUUUCUGCUCUUUUUAUAAUAACUAUUAUUAUUUUGAUCUAUUAAUUUUAAAGUAAAUUUUCAUAAUAUGCUCACUGUCUGAAUUUACCACUUUAAAAUAAAUAAUUGGAGGCAUUUUUAAAAAAUGCUUUUCUUUUAUCCCACUCUCUAUAUUUUUUGUAAGUGACACCAUUUUAUAC